AAGCGCGAUUCAGGAGACUACAGCGCCAUCUCUUGACCAUUGGUGUAGUACAACCAAAAACCACAUCUUUAUUUUUUGUAAUAAAGUAACAGUUAUAGGUAUUCAUAUUUAUAAUAUUUAUCCACAUGUUUCUAGUUUGUGUAUUCGGAAUACGUGUUUGAGUUUCAUACAAGUGCAAAUCACAUAUGUUCUAAUAAAUUAUAUUCAGUAGCGAUUUUAAUUGAAUAUUUUGAUUAUUUAUUAAUUUUUUCAAAUUAAAACUGAACUUUAUUGACUGUGUCCUUUUCCAGACUUUUUAUUAAUUUAUUGUAAUUAAUUAUUUGCAUGCAAUUAAAAACUAAUUUUAAACGAUGCCAAAGAAGGAUAACUUCUCACGCGCCUACAUAAGUACACGCACCCAUUUUUUAUAUAUAAUUACUAAAGGCACGCGUCGCCGGCCCCGGGUAACCGCUUUGUCCCUGGAUCUUAAAUCUGAAAUACCUUCAAAAAUACUCAUUUAAAUUACAUGCUUCAAAGGGCCAUAUUGAUCUAUAUUUAAUGCACAAUGUAUUUGAGGUACUUCCUUGGAUAUGGAUUGAUGGUGUAUUGCUUAAAAUCGCUUCGUAAAUAAGCCAUUAUUUCUCUUAAAAUGUAAAGGAUAAAAAAUGGAUAUUCUGGGUUAUCUCUAAGAGAUAGACAUUUACCAUCGCAGACUUUUUUGUAGAUCUUUUUAAGGUGUGCAAUACUGUAGUACAUUAUUUUGAUGUGUCUCGUGGGGUUCAGCCAGCGUUUACAAUGUAAGCACAAAAAAAAAGGAUUUAUUUACGACCUUACAUUAAAAACCUCUAAAAUGAUCAGUGUUUCUCUACUCUAUUAUGCAUGUAUUAUACAUAUAAUAUCACAUUUUUUUUAUUAAAUCAGUUUAUAGUAUGUAUUAGAACAAAAUUUGCUUCAAAUGCGUUAAAUUUACAAACAUUGAUUAGAUACCUGUCGAAAAUACGGCACUUUACAUACUAAAAGUUUGUUUUUCGGAUUUUUUACGGAGCUUUGGGGCAACUUGACCUUUCAACGGCCCGCUCGUGACUGUGAACCAAGAAGUGCUUGAGUGGUGUUCAAGCAAUUCUUGAUUGGGACACAUUUUGAGCACACGUGGCGUAUCUAGGAUAUUAAAUAUCGUUGUUGAACACACACCCGACUUCAUUAAGAUUAAAAUAUAUUUAAUGAUUUUAAUUAUUCAUUUGAGUGUAUGUAAGACAAAAAUCAGAAUGUACCAAAAUUUUAAGUUAUGUGUUGUAAUCUAUCGAAGUCUUUCAUGUAAUAAUGCAAAGCUAAUCAAUUUAACGCGAUAACAAUCAAGUAUAUUAAUCAUCGAAAUGCGAUAAAGCCCUCAGUUUAAUCGUAGUAGGUAGUGAAUGAAAAACUAAACCAGUGUCGUACGGUCAUCGACAGUGAAGGUGCUAAUCGGGCAGUGUUAAUAAAAUGCUAUCAGAAAAAUUAAAAAUGUGCUGCAAAUAAGUGAAACAAAACUCCAUACAAUAAUAUACUUCAGAAAACAAGUCGAAGAGUUCAGCGGGUCUAACUGAAUGAUGGGUAAUACUUGCCAAUCGGACAAGAAGGUGAAUAUGUCCUCAAAGGAACCGGACAAGUUCUUUUCGAGGGAGAAAUGGAAGGAGCAACGGUCGGAAGAGAUAAGGAAGAAGAAGAUGCACCCUUCGAACAAGCGGACAGCAGCAAAGGAGCCGGCUCUUGACGUAAUGACGGCGAUGACCGGGCCGCCACCGGGGCCAGCGGCCACCGCUCAGCCCUCCAACCUGCGCUCCUUUGACGACGAGACAUUGGGCCUCAUGCGAUACCAGUUGCGAAAUGAUGCUGACGCGUUCCUUUUAAACAACAUUCUCCUCUCCGUACAAUUUUUCGAGAAUUAUGAAAGAGAUGCACAGAAUAUCAAAAAAAAUCCAAUAAGUGAACGUGAACACUUAAUUAAUGAAGCAAUGGUCCGCUAUAAUAAACACGUUUUCUUUGCGGACCGCCUUCAAGAUUACGUGAACGAACACGUUGGUUAUCAGAAGGGACAGGGGCAAGUGGAGCAGUUCAUUACACCCAGACUUUUUGUGAUAUACGAUAACGUGGAAGCCAGUGAACCAGGAGACACAUCUGAUUACAGUGCAGUACUUGAUGCUCCAUUUUAUAAACUACGCAUAGAAGAUUGCAAAGAGCCAGGUUUCGUAAAAUUGAAGAAAAUGGAAGUUUUAGAAAGUACGCUUCAAAAAGACAAUGAUUUAGUGGAAGUCAAUCAGAAUAAAGAUUCAGAUGACAGUAUUUAUGCGGACUCAGAGAAAGAGUCUAACGACUCUGACGAUGGAAUAUAUUCAUCAAAAGGAGAGGCAUUAUUAAGCAAAUUAAAAAGUAAAAUAGACGAGGCGGGAAAUAUUGGAACACUUAAAACUAAUUAUAAAAAAGGGAAUUCAUCACUACCUGGAAGAAGAAGCAGUGGGCCGAUAAAACAAGUUAGCUUACAAGUUGCGAAGAGUAACAUAAACAAAUUGAAUGAACUUAGAAAAAACAAUUUAGUCCUUUCUGAAGAAGCUGAAUUAAAAAAUUACAUCAAUGAUAAACAUGAUGACAAUAUCGAAUUUGAUGAUACAAGCAAACCAAGGAAAUCAAUUUUAAAAAAAUCUAGGAGGCCUAGUGGACCCACAAAAACUGCAAAGUUUAAUAAAAGCAAUUACGUAGAGAUUCGUUCAACACCUAUAGAUAGUACAAUUUCUGAAGAUACUGAAACAUCUGGAUAUCGAUCCAAUUCUAGCCGGCAGAAUGAAAUUAGCGAGAGUGAGUCCGAUUACGGUUAUUCUACUAUAACAGAGGCAACGACACCAAAACAAGUUAAACUUAGCUCUCCAUCGAAUACCUCGGAAACCUGUGGCGUAUUGCAUGACAAAACAUGGACGGCUGUGCAAAUGCAAGCUAUUGAUUGGAGUGAUGAUGAAGAGGAACUUGAUGAUACUGCAUCAACUUUAUCUUUAUCACGAAAUUUGUAUGAAACUCAUUACUAUUUAUGUUCUGUUGGAUUUAUGCAUGAUUUUGUCGAUAACUUCAUUUUAAAUUUGGGAUCUGUUUUGGGUAUAUCUCAAGAAUCAAUUAGUGAUGCUAUGACUCAAGGUGCUAGCAUCUAUUGUGAUACUAAAAGAAAUAGCAGUACAGUAGGAAUUGAAGUGUUUCCAGCUCUUAACGCUGCCUGGCCAAACACCGCAAAUCAAUGGAUAAUCAGAGAAAGAAAAAUUAUUCAGAAUCCAAGAACAAAUUUUAGCUAUCAGUGGCCGACUAAAUACAUGGUAAAUAAAACUAUAGGAUUUGGUUGCUUCCUUGUACCUAUAGGAUUUAGGCCCAAAAGAGGGCUAAAUUCCAGUCAAAGUUUGCAAUGGAAAGUGACAUUUCCCGCAGCUGAACGUUAUUUAGAAAGCUGUUUAGCACAUGCACAUAUGAGAUGUUAUCUAUUUGCAUUGGCUUUACAAAAAACUUUUAUGGAUAAUGAAACGUCUAAAAUUGGUUUCGAUGCUUCACACUUGAAAAAUCAUCUCUUUUGGCAGUGUGAGGAUAAUUACGCAAAAUGGCCAGAGCAUCGGUUAGGAGAAUCACUGCGAUUAUUUUUGAGUAGUUUGUAUGUACGUUUUGGACAAGGAAGGUUCCCAAAUUAUUUCAUAGAGAACUGUAACGACUUCAAAAGUAUUCCAAGACCUUUGCUUCUAAAACUUCAAAAAAGAUUAUCUAAUAUUUUGGAAUCGCCGGUGAUGCAUGUUCUUGGAGCACUAAGUAAACUCAAAUAUACGACAGAAGAAUUCUAUCCGCCCUUUGAAGUACAUGAAUUAUAUGAAAUUUUAAUAAGUAAAGAUCCACUGAGGCUUGUAAAUCCAUAUUUGCCCGUAGCUAGUUCAAAAAUAUAUGAUAAUAAUCCAGAUAGUGAUGAUGAUCCUGACAACUUAGGCAUAUGGGAUAGAGCAAAAAAAAUUGAUAAAAAUUACCAAUGGAAAAAAGAGAAAUACAGACAGGUUAAUGAGAGAAGAAAAGCUGAAAUAGCAAAAAAAAGACUAUCAAUAAAGCAAGAUCGGGGAAAAAUUAACACUAGUAUUAUAUUACCAGCGCGAUUGGAAGUGGAAAGACGGCGCUUAGUUUUGGAAUUUUUCAUUAAGCACUUCAUUGCAAUGGCUAGGUCCAGUCAAAAAUUUGAUGCCAUAAGACAGGCGGUUAUCUAUUUAGAACAAUCUCAAAGGCUCUGUUUGCUAUUAAAGGAAGAACCUGCAGGUGAAUCAAAUGCUACCAAAUUUCUUGAUGUAAUCAGGGAUUUAUUAGUUGACUGUCAGAGGAAAUUAGUCACACAGGUAGGUUACAAACUUCCUCCACGCCGGGACAGUAGUGCUGACUGGACAUCGAAACCAGUGAUAAACAAAACGAGCAAAAAAAAUGCUAUUCAAGAUGCGCCAAUUGAAGCGUCUGGGUUUUCUGCUUUCACUUUUGUGGAUGUUCAUAUUGAUAAUUCAACAACACAAGGCGUGCUAAAAUUAAACGAUAUUGAUUCAGAUGAAGAAGACUCUAAAUUGUAAAAAAUAUAGUUCUACAAUAUUAUACAACAUUUAUAAGAAUCUCCCUCAAUGAAAUAUUUUAUUUAUUUAAAUAAGAUUUUU